AUGUUUAAGCUACCACCUACGCAGGCCCUUACCGGACACGGAUCUUUUAAAACCUACACGUUUAAGAUAGGGAAGACUCGGGAUGCGUCGUGCGUGUACUGCGGAGAGGAGGAUUCUCCGAGGCAUACACUAUUUAGUUGUGAGAGAUGGGCAGGUAUUAGGAGGGAGUGUGAGGUCGGCAUCGGAGACGUAAUCACCGCUAACAACAUGGUGGAUUACAUGUUGCAGAGCGAAACAAAGUGGAAAGAGAUCGAAAGAGCCAUGACAAGAAUAAUGACGACGAAGGAGCAGGACGAGCGAAGACAUGAGGGUACUAGAAAUAAUUAG